AUGUCUCGUCCUGAGGAUGUUCUGCCUCCCGAUCUUUUUUACGAUGACAAUGAAUCUCGAAAAUACACGACUUCAUCCCGUAUUCGUAACAUUCAAUCAGAUAUGACCCAUCGAGCGCUGGAGCUUCUCGAUCUUCGUUCUCCAUCGCUCAUCCUUGAUGUGGGGUGCGGUUCCGGCCUUUCUGGCGAGAUCCUUUCCCAAGUUCCUCCUCAGGAGGGUGGACCUCAUACCUGGGUCGGGAUGGACAUUUCACCAAGCAUGCUUGAUGUGGCACUGCAACGAGACGUCGAGGGUGACUUGCUCCUGGCUGAUAUUGGGCAGGGCGUGCCAUUUCGGCCUGGCACCUUCGACGCGGCUAUCAGUAUCAGUGCUAUCCAGUGGUUGUGCAAUGCGGAGACAAGCGAUGUCAGCCCCGAGGGCCGUCUUCGUAGAUUUUUUGAGGGGUUAUACUCCAGUCUCCGCAGAGGCGGACGUGCUGUCUGCCAAUUCUAUCCAAAGAACGAUGCGCAACGGACCAUGAUCAGCGGCGCUGCUGUAAGAGCUGGCUUCGGAGCUGGUAUCUUAGAAGAUGACCCUGGCACAAAGAAUGGCAAAUUAUAUCUCGUCCUGACCGUCGGAGGUGGCGGACUGCAUGGCGAUAUUACUGGCGUUGUCCAAGGCAUGAAUGAUGUUGACAUCUUGGAUGCCAGGAGGAAAGCCGCGGAGCGCAGCAAGGUCCAGCCAUCCAGGAAAGGAGACAAGGCCUGGAUUCUGCGAAAAAAGGAACAAAUGGCGAAGAAAGGGAAAAUUGUGAAAGCAAAUUCCAAAUACACCGGAAGAAAGAGGCGUCCUGCGUUUUAG